UGACAUAAUGAGGACAUCAUUCUUGGCAUUCAUUUGGUUACUCCAUACACUUCCAAACGGCAUUAAUAGCAACGCUUGGACUUUUCAUGUAUCUAAAGAGGUCACUGGUGAGAUUGGAAAAACAGUGUCUUUGCCAUGCGUGUUUACCCAUCCUCACAAAAGUCAUGAUGGUAUCUUGACGGCCAUUUGGAGAAUUAAACAACCGUACGAUGGCACAGUGGUUUUCAAAUGUGUGAGUAACAGCAGUCACGAGCCCUGUAAAACCACCAUCAACUACAUGAACAAAUUCAAGCUACUGGGUAACCCUCGCAAUAACAACAUCUCCAUUAGCAUUGAGAAUCUGACUUGGGCUGACAGCAAUAAAUAUUACUGUAGGGUGGAGCUUUCCAGCGAUCGACAUGAUAAAUAUGAAGCCAAAUCUGGAACCAAACUGCAUUUAGCAGCUACUCCAAAAAUCCUAAAUAUUUCAGUGGGAUUCGACCAUUACCGUGGAUACCACGCAGUAUGCGUCGCCGAAGGAGAACCUGCGCCAUUUUUGGUGUGGACUGAUCCUCUUAAUACCAACCAGGACAAAUUUCUUACCAAGGCAGUGUUGGAACAUCAGAUGGCAACAGAGUUACAUUACCUUAAACAGGAUGGAAAAUACACAUGCACUGCCACCAAUGCCCACGGCAAAGCAGAGGGUUCAGUUUACUUCUUUAAAUUCAGACCAGGAACCAGCAGUCAAGUUCUGCUUGAGAUUAUAUGGAUUACCCUCGGACUCAAGUUAUUGCUGGUCAUUAUGAUGCUCUGUGUAUAUGUUUAUUACAGCAAAGAUGUGCCAAGGAAUCAACGUAUGAAAAUUAUGAGCAAAGAGAUCCAUGAAAUCCAUGCCGGAGGAUCGUUUAAAUCUGAAGAAAUAUAUACCCUCCUUCUCAUUCAGCAAAUUGUGUAUAUAGACUAUGCAUGA